AAAUCGAAUUUAUAGGUUUUGAAAUUUGAAAAUAUUUUUUAAAAAAUGGAUUUAUCCGACGAAGAUAUAAUAAAAAUAUAUAGGGAUUUGCAAAAUUGUUCAAACAAUCCACAAACUCGCGAAAAUCUGUAUAAAGAAUUAAAAGAUUAUGAAGCAGAAUUGGAUAAUUGCAGAUAUAAAGACUUUAACUUACAUAAAGAACUAAAGUUGCUGUAUAGCAAUGAUAAUUUCGACAUCACAGCCCAAUAUGUAUGUUUACAAGAAAAAUUGCAAGGCUUGCUAAACGAUACACUGUUGUUUGAAAAAGAGUUUAACAUAUUAAAGACCUCAACAAACUGUGAAAUGCAAGAGUUUGCAGCACAUUAUGAGAAUGAUAAUAAACUACAAACAGAAUUACACGAAUUUAAAUUAGAUCAUAUAUAUGAGCAAAUGAAAGAUGAAAAUGACAGACAUAAUAUAAUAGUACAAAAAUUACAGAGUGAAUUAGAAUUACUUGGAGCAUCAACAGCUUUAGAGGAGGAUGAUAUUGAAACAGAAAUGCGCAAAGAACUGGUGGAUUUAAACAUGAGAAUCAGGCAGAUGCAUCAAAUAAAUUCAAACAUCCAGAGAGACAUAGACGAAAUAAAAAACAAAAAGCAAAGAGAAUAUUAUAACACAGAUGAUGUAAAUGAAUUACAAAACAUUAAAGAAGAAAUAAUUAUAAACUUGGAACCUGAAAAUAAUAAAGAAAAUUGUUCCGAUUUAGUUACAGUGCAAAUGUCUACCAGUUUAAAAAAAUCUUCUGUAGAAAAAAAGAAGAAAAAUAAAAACUUGAAGAAGUUAGAGAUAAUUCAAGCACCCAUAAUUAAAGAAACUAACAGUAAAAAGAAGCGUAGAAAAUUGUAUGACCCAGAUGAUUUAACUUAUUUGGAUAAGAUUGAAUUAAGGGAUUAAAUAGGUUUAUAAAACAAUACUACCUAUUUGUACUUAAAAAUAAAUUUA